AUGACACACAAAGAAGAUUUCAAACCAUAUAUAAGGUUCGUCGUGUCAGUAGGUGAUCAGAGCUGGUCUGAUCUCCACACUGAAAGCUACAAAAUGAACAAGUGUAUCGCCCUCAUCCUUAUCCCAUGCUUGGUGGCCUUUGUUGUGGCCCAGUAUCCCGGAUAUGGUCAUGGCGCCGGAUACGGAGUAGGAGGCUACGGAAGCGGAUAUGGUCUGAGUAACUUCUACUACAACUACGGUAACCAGCAGCAAGAGAAGAGCUCUAACUUUGCUCUCUUGAUCUCUGGUCUUCUGUUGUUGUUUGCCUUCAACAUUACCGGAACCUUGACUGGUUAG